UCUGCUGUCGGCAAGUACAAUGCUCCUUGCAAAUCGCUGGAGUGCGGUGUGAUCGAGUCCGUCUGGGCACCAGUGGCCUAUCCCUGCGGUGCACAGACGUCUGCAGCCUGCGGAAGCUGCACACUUUUUUUUUUUUUUCCUUCUCUUUUUCCCUUUCUCCGUCUUCCUCUUCGAGCCGACCGGAGGCGAGUCUCCCGUUUACCUUCGUGCCCUCUGUCCGUGGAAGGAAACCAAUGCGGGUUUGCUCCAGAGAGGGAUCCGGAUCGCGUUUUCUUCUCCAUUGCACCGGUUUCAUCCGGCAGCCCCUGAGCCGUAGUAUAAACAAUGGCGGGUCCCGAGCAGUCCAAGCAGCAGCAGCAGGUAGAGGAGAAGGCAGAGCACAUAGAUGAUGCCGAGAUGGCUCUGCAGGGCAUUAACAUGCUGCUCAACAACGGAUUCAAGGAGAGCGACGAGCUUUUCCGGAGAUACAGGACCCAGAGCCCGCUGAUGAGCUUUGGGGCCAGUUUCGUCAGUUUCCUGAAUGCCAUGAUGACAUUUGAGGAGGAAAAGAUGCAGACAGCCUGUGAUGACCUGAGGACCACUGAGAAACUGUGUGAGAGUGACAGCGCCGGAGUGAUAGAGACAAUCAGAAACAAGAUAAAGAAGAGCAUGGACUCCCAAAGGUCAGGCGUAGUUGUCGUGGACCGCCUUCAGAGACAGAUCAUCGUUGCUGACUGUCAGGUGUACCUCGCCGUGCUCUCCUUUGUCAAACAGGAACUUUCGGCAUAUAUCAAAGGAGGCUGGAUUCUUCGUAAGGCAUGGAAAAUGUACAAUAAGUGCCACAGUGACAUCAGCCAGCUGCAGGAGGCCUGUCAGCGGAGGUCCUCUGUCAACCACGACUCCCUCUCGGCGGACAACGCCAACCACAAUGCACCGGUGGAGAACGGCGUGACGGCCGAGGCCCUGGACCGGCUCAAGGGCUCCGUCAGCUUUGGCUACGGCCUCUUCCAUUUGUGCAUAUCCAUGGUACCGCCGCACCUGCUCAAGAUUAUCAACCUGCUGGGCUUUCCCGGUGACCGACUCCAGGGUCUGUCCUCCCUUAUGUAUGCCAGCGAGAGCAAGGACAUGAAGGCACCACUGGCUACGUUGGCCCUCUUGUGGUACCACACAGUAGUGCUGCCCUUCUUUGCUCUGGAUGGCUCUGAUACACAUGCGGGGCUACUGGAAGCCAAAGCUAUUCUGCAGAGAAAGUCGGUGGUUUACCCCAACUCAUCACUCUUCAUGUUCUUUAAAGGACGGGUUCAGAGGCUAGAGUGCCAUAUCAACAGUGCUUUGGCCUGUUUCCAUGAUGCAUUAGAGCUUGCAUCAGACCAAAGAGAGAUCCAGCAUGUGUGUCUCUAUGAGAUUGGUUGGUGUAGCAUGAUAGAGAUGAAUUUUGAAGAUGCCUACAGGUCGUUUGAAAGGCUGAAGAAUGAGUCACGCUGGUCACAGUGCUACUAUGCCUACUUAACCGGAGUGUGUCAGGGUGCGUCUGGCGACCUGGAUGGAGCAAGUGGAGUUUUCAAAGAUGUGCAGAAGCUGUUCAAGAGAAAAAACAACCAGAUAGAGCAGUUUGCUGUCAAAAGGGCUGAGAGAUUGAGAAAGAUCUUACCCACCAGAGAGCUAUGCAUCCUCGGUGUAAUUGAAGUGCUGUAUCUGUGGAAAGCACUUCCAAACUGCUCCUCAUCUAAACUGCAGAUAAUGAAUCAGGUGUUACAGAGUUUAGAUGACGCUUCUUGCAGAGGCCUGAAACAUCUCCUUCUUGGUGCCGUUCACAAAUGUCAUGGAAACAUGAGAGAUGCCGUUCAGUCAUUCCAGCUGGCUGCUAGAGAUGAGUACGGACGGCAGAUCAACUCAUAUGUUCAACCAUAUGCCGUCUAUGAACUGGGGUGUAUACUCCUUGCACAACCAGAGACUGUGGGAAAGGGAAGGUCAUUGCUACUUCAAGCAAAGGAGGAUUUUACAGGCUACGACUUUGAGAACAGGCUUCACGUCCGCAUCCAUUCAGCCCUGGCCUCGUUGAAGGAAGUAGUGCCUCAGUAACUUCGGGAAGAAGCUACAAUGGCUCAAGCUAUGCUCAUGGCUUUUUACAACAAGUGUUAAGCCAUUCAAACCAACUGUUUGUCAUCCCAGUGAACAGGCUCCUGUGUUUUUCAUUCUUAAAGGAUUUGGAGAAAUAUGCUUGUUUGUCAUCUUCCUCACACUCAGGUUGAUAUGAGGCCGCAUCUCUGUGCAUUCAGUACAGAGAUAGAGGGUGUUCAUACUGACUUAGCACAGAGAGUGGAAGCAGAUGGAAAUAGCUAGUGGCUAGCAGAUCAAGGAACUAUGCUAUACACCGAUCAGCCACAACGCUAAAAACCAGUUACCGGUUUUUAAUGCCUUGGCUGAAUGGUGUAUAUACUAUACUAUAACUAAGACUUGUCUUGUUGUGGACCGGCAUGCUAGUCCCCAAUACAUCCAUAUACAUUGGUUUUGUUACUGUGCAAACCUGGGAAUCCCACUAUUGGGACACACAGUAGUUGGUCAAGAUAUGGCCCAAACUAGGUGAUUUUUAUUUAUUUAUUUAGUGAAUUUGAUGAAUUUAAAUGUUUCCCCUUGCUUCCUGUCUAUAUGCUAUGCUAGGCUAAACACUUCCCUAGACCAUUUCUGGACUGGGUGCACAGAGAUGAAAUUGAUAUCAAUACCUGACCCGGAGCAAGACAACAAAGAAGAAUUUCUCCUCCAAUCUCUAACUGUUCCUUUAUGUGUUUUCUGCACCCAAAUGUAUUAGCUAGCUAGUAACAAUCUUCCUCAUUAACUUGUGUAUUUGGAGGAUUUCAGUUAUGCCUCCCCCCUUUCAGUGAGCAAUUCAGCACGUAAAAGUAACCUUCCAUGAGAUCAUAUCUCCCUUAAUAGUUUCUUUACAAAGAGUAAUUAAAGGUACAGAUAACAGUGUUUUCCACAUUCUUUAAAAACAUGCAGAUGACACUUGAACAUCUUACACAAAUAAUGAAAUGGAAUUACUGAUGCCAAUUUUUUGCCAUAUCACAUAUCAAUAAAAAGAUAAGGGAAGGAUUAGACAAAGUUAAUAUUCGAUUUAAUAUGUUCUUAUAAAGGACUUCAUGGGUUGUGAGCUUUUCAGCAGUUAUUUAAUAACUAGUGCUUCUCCUCUCUGCUUGUCAAAUUGCAAAAGGACAAUGAAACACAUCACGCAGGGACCACUUAUAUUCACGAUGGACUUUAAAUGACAAACCUUAAGUCUAAUUAGUUACUCGUCACCUAAAAUCACACGACUAGGCUGCUGUGAGUUCGUCACACUCGAGUAGUUGGACAAGAUACAUGUGUUGAAACUGAGAAAUCACAACACUUCACGAUGCCCUAAUGAUGUUUUUUUAUGUGAAAACACCAGGCUUUGAUCCUGUGCACUAUGCAUGGUAUGGCAGGGUAACAGUGGCUUUAAGACUGUACUGAAGUCAAACGUACCUGUAUGUCCAUCUGUGCAGAUACAUCAAGGUAUUGUAAUACAGUACAUUCGGUACUGUAAUGUUACCACUGAACGGUGCUGCUAAAUGUCAGCCUAAUAAACAUAUAUUAGUAGUGACUUAUUUUAAUAGUGUUUUAGUGAUUCAAGCUUUUGAAUUAGUCCAUAAUAGUGAGAACUUUAUUUAUUACAUAGCAGAAGUUGUACUUUUACAAGUGUUAUUUACAGUAUGCUGUUUUAGUUUGAGUCUUGAACCUACAAAUCCUGUAAUGGCCAGCAAGGUAGACUGCAGUGUUAGUGAUCAAGCUGGUUCAAAAGUGUGAUCUUGAAUCGGACAAGGAAUAAUAUAUCUGUAAUAAGCAAUUUUAACAACCUUUCUCAACAGUUUUGCACUGUACAUAUGAAUUAUUCUGUGCAGGGUAUUGCCUUCUGAGUUACGGUCAUCUGAGCAAUAUAAGCAAGAGGAGAACAUCUUCAUUUACAGAGGUUUUCGACACUGACUAUCUGUGUUUUUUCAUCUCAUGUUCAAGAAAGUGGAUGGAUAGAUUUGUUUUGCUGACGCCAAGCUGGUGCGACGAAGCCAGUCAUCCCCCUGUGGCUGUGGUGGAUGUAAAUUGUGGUAAAUGUUGAGGUGACCGCUGUGCAAGUGGUCGGUGUGGUGCAAGUGACGUGGUGAACGGUGAAAUGUCAGUAAGGUGUCACCUACACGCUGUACCAAAUACUUCUGUCACUGAGAGAUUAUUUCCUUUUGUCAUGAGAUUUUGUUGAAAUUGAGGUUACAUGUCAGGAUGAUGGUGUUCCAAUGUGUCACUGAACUCUA